GAACACAUCAGAGUGAGCAGACAGUUUUUAACGGAGUGUUUCUGGAGGGAAAGUUCGUGUGAGUCAGUGAAAAUGUCUAAAGUCCAAACGCUGAGAGUUGUUGUGAAGCAGCGACUAACUGCGGCUGCUGAAGAGAUAUUUGAGCUGUUUGAAAGAACGAUAGCAGAGUACGAGGAGGAACUGUGUCGACACCGGAAACUACUGGACGCUGUUUUCCAGCCUCAGGUCCAGUUACACAGAACAGACGUCCAGCAGCUGUUGGUGGUUAAAGAAGAGGUGGAGUGGAGCUCCAGUCUGGACCAGCAGGACCCAUCAGAGCUGCCACACAUUAAAGAGGAACAGGAGGAACUCUGGACCUGUCAGGAGGGAGAGCAGCUUCCAGGGCUGGACGAGGCUGAUAUCAAGUUCACCUUCAGUCCUGUCCCUGUGAAGAGUGAAGAAGAUGAACCUGAGUCUGAUGACAGUUGGGACUGGGAGGACACCAUAGAACGUCAUUCAAAUUUAAACCCUCAGCAGCACAAUGAAGCACCUGUUGGAGAUGUGGACUGUAAUCCUGGGGCAAAAUCAGUUAUCUCCUCUGAAAGUGCUGCAACCUCUGGCCACAGCAAACGUAAGCUGGAAGAUGAUGAAAUCCAAGCAGGAGUGAGACCAUUUGGUUGCUCAGUUUGUGGUAAAAGAUACCGCUGGAAGAACGCUUUAAACGAUCAUAUGGAACUUCACGCAGCAGAAAUACCGUUCAGCUGCUCACUUUGUGGUAAAAGAUACCGCUGGAAGAGGUCUUUAAAUGAUCAUAUGGAACUUCAUGCUGCAGAAAAAACGUUCAGCUGCUCACUUUGUGAAAAAACGUUUAACUGGAGGGAAAACCUUGUGAGACACAUGAAGUUCCACACAGGGAAGCCGCCAUUCACGUGUCCAUUUUGUGAUAAAGUAGUUCGAAAAAGAUCUCACUUUGAGAGUCACAUGAGCAACCACACCGGGGAAAAACCAUUUAGUUGCUCAGUUUGUGGUAAAAGAUUCGGCUGGAAGAAGUCGUUAGCAUCUCAUCUCAGACUUCAUUCAGAAGAAAGAGUUUUAAGUUGCUCGGUUUGUGACGAGACUUUUAAGUCAAGAUUUUGUCUUUUGAAACACAUGAAGAUCCAUGGAGGGGAAAAACUUUUCAGUUGUAACUUCUGUGGCAGGAGAUUUGCAAAAGGCGGAAAUUUGAGCAGACACUUACAAGUUCACACAGGAGAAGAAAGUAUCACGUGCCCGAUUUGUAAAUUGAGUUUCGAUGACGAUUGCGCUUUGGCUGCACACAAGCGUGUCCACACCGGGUCGAACCCAUUUCUUUGCUCGAUUUGUAAAAAAAUCUUUCAGUCCAAAUAUGUACUUGUGAAGCACAUGAAAAUUCACACUGGCGAGAAACGGUUUAGUUGCCCACUUUGUGGUAAAAGAUUUGCAGCAAGAAACGAUAUGAUACGACAUAUGAGAAUCCACACGACGGACAAAUCCAGAAGUUGUCAUGUUUGUCACAAAACAUUCCGUCACGUUUAUUAUUUAAAAAAACAUAAAUGUGUUGAUAAGAGCAGCAAAAAUAAAUGAAGCUGCAGAGAUGCUUGUCGGCGUAGUUUUUCUCACCAGAUUGAAAUACUGAGGGCAGGGCAUGACCAAACACUGAUCUGUUGAAAACUGUGACGGACUACAAAAUAAGAAGUGAGUCCGCUGAACAUCUGUUUCGAUAUUCAAAUUCACUGCUAUCAGUCUGUAAGCACCUAAAAACAUUUGGCAAGCAGCGUGUCACUAAACCACAGUCAGAAACAACUUCCACUCUCUUAACGAACACUUACAUUGAUUUUCUGUGUUUAUUAGUUUAUAUGUAAAGAAAGAAAUCCAGGUUGUAAUAACAGAAACUACUAAUCCCUUUAAAUGCUCCUUGUUGAGACUGAUAAUUCAAUAAAGAUGCUACAACACUAUA